ACCCUGACAGAAGAAACUCUUAAUUGAAAUAGGUUUGGGGAAACUUGAAGCUUCAACCUAUAAAUAAUUGUAGUGUUAGAUUUGAAGUGAAGAUCAUCAGUGAUGAGUCUCAUGAAUCCGAGAACAGAGAAACUGGUGAGAAGGCUAACGAUUGUGGCCACUGUUACUGCUUCCUAUUUUCUCCUAACAGCUGAUUACGGUCCUCAACCCAAUGCUCUCGACCCUAUCAAGAAGCAAAUACUUUCAGCACAGAGCAUGGUGAAAGGGUAUAUUUUGGGAUCAAAGAUAGAAUCUCAAGAAAACCAGCUGGGCAAAUUGGACAGCAACAAGGAUCAACCAUAAAUUUUUGGGUAGUCUUGUAUAGGAACAUCAUGCUGAGUCAGUUUUCUUUUAGCGGUUUGAACUGUAGUGUAAUAGAAUGACAUGAGGAUGAAUAAACGGUGGAUUCACUUGUCAGCACUAUCAAUGACAUGAAUAUGACCAUUACUCCAUAAUAA